AUGACGAGUUUGUGGUCAAAUCGUGAGUAUUUCCAGAUUUUCGCACAAGUAGUGUGGGGAGAUACCCAGAAUCCCUGCGUUGACGUCGAUGCGACAUCGUUAUUUCCGUUGGAUUGCUUGGGUGGUCAAAGAAGGCGCGGUAAAGGUACCGCUAUCAACCCGACCGCUCAACAAUCACCACUACUCUACAGAACAGAGAAUGGACCGUCCGACCACCCGACCUUCCCCAGUCCCAUCAUGCUGCUUGUGACCCUGGGCACUUUAAGACAGGCAGGGUCGUGGAGCUGUAAACCCCCCCACGCCUACCGCCUAACUACCAACCCGGUUGCCACCCUGACUGCCACCCUGACUGUCACCCUGACUGCCACCCUGACUGCCACCCUGACCGUCACCCUGACCGUCGCCCUGACUGCCGCCUUGACUGCCACAGUUGAUGCCACACUUGGCGGUAGCUCCAUCGCUCAACGGCCCUUCUUGGUGGGCGAUCGUGGAAGCCAUCUCCGGAAAUAA